AUGGCGGGCAAGUACCACCUCCUGCUCAACCUUAGCUACCCUUACUCCCCUGACAGUGUGAACGCCAACAUCCCCCGGGAAUCGACGUCCGUCACCUACCAGUCUAUCCAUGAUGCGGUGACAAUGGUUGUCAGCCGGUCCCCGGGGGCUCAACUGGCAAAGUGCGACAUCGCAGAAGCUUUCAGGAUCGUCCCAGUACACCCGAGCGACUACCAUCUCCUGGGGUUUUCUUAUGGGGGCAAGUACUACUACGAGAAGAUGCUCAGCAUGGGAGCCGCCCCCUCCUGCCGGAUCUUCGAGUUCUUCUCCAGUGCCCUGCAAUGGAUCCUCGCCGAGAAGUUUGGGGUCCGCGACGUUGUGAAGGUAUUGGACGACUUCCUCUUCGUCAGUUUCACUUUCGACGAGUGCCAGCGAAGCCUGAGGGUGUUCACUGCCCUCUGCGAGCGUUUGGGGGUCCCCUUGGCUCCUCACAAAACACAGGGCCCGUGCUCCUGCCUCACGUUCCUGGGGCUGGAGAUUGACGCUCACAAGAUGGAAACAAGACUACCAGAGGACAAGAGAACGAAGUACACGGCGGCGGUGGAAGCCGCGCUGAGUCUGGAGCGCAUCCCCCUCCGGGACCUGCAGGCGAUCAUUGGGAAGUUGCAAUUCGCCACCGCGGUAAUCCCGGGAGGCCGGGCCUUCUUGCGUCGUCUGCACCCGCUUACGCGAGGCCCACAGCGCCCCUCGCGCCUAUGCCAUUUGGACGCUGAGGCUAAGCUCGAUCUCGUCGCCUGGCGCUCCUUCCUCACUGACUUCAAUGGAGUAACAGUCUUUCCCCCAGAUGGCGGGUGGGGAAACGCUCCAUCACUUUCAAUGUGUGCAGAUGCUUCUUCCAAGGGGUAUGGACUAACGUUAGGGGCAGCCUGGUUCAGGGGAACGUGGCCGCAGGUCUGGGGACGGCUCAACAUUGCUUUGCUCGAGCUCUACCCUUUCUUCAUGGGUAUAGCACUUUUCGCCCCGGUAUUGGCCAAUAAGAGGCUGGUGUGCAAAUCGGCCAACAGUGCAGUGGUAAGCGUGCUCAACACACUCUCUGCUAGGUGCCCCCUACUAAUGCAAAUUGUCAGGCCCUUGGCAGUGCUCUUACUCAUCCAUAACAUUACACUCCUACCCUCCCACCUCCCAGGAAAAUUAACGGGGUUUGUGAUGCUCUUUCCCGCUUACAGACGCUGCCGCCCUUGUUCCUGCGAGAAGCAGGCCUCGCCGAGACGCCGACAACAGUUCCUGCGCACCUCCUGCCCUGCAACUUCACCCUGCAACUGUGAGGACCCUAUUCAACUCCCUGCAGCCAGCGACGAGGCGUACUUACAGGGCUAA